UUGCAACCGUGCAAAAUUUUCCCAUAAUCUUCCUCAAGGACACAACCAGAACUCCCUGCCCACGUUUGAAAUUAGAGUCCCAUAUUCUUGAUAAACCAGUUUAACCUGAAGUUGUGAGAAUUCCUCGAGCUUGGUGGGCCAGGGCAUGGAGGAACUUUGCUACAGCUUCGAGCAGGGGGACCCCACUCCGGAAUUUCUCCUCUGGGAGCCGGCAGAUCCCGAUAUCCAGCUGGAGAACUUCCUCCUGGAGUGCCUGGCAGAGCACUCAGGGGGUGCUGAGCUGGGCAAGUCCCCUGUCCCAACAGGGUCCCCCGGGAGGCCCCGGCAGCGCCGCGCUGCCAACCUCCGCGAGCGCAGGAGGAUGCUCAGCAUCAACUCGGCCUUCGACGAGCUCCGCUGCCACGUGCCCACCUUCCCCUACGAGAAGCGCCUGUCCAAGAUCGACACUCUCCGCUUGGCCAUCGCCUACAUCGCCCUCCUCGGGGACAUCCUCGUGUCCGGCUCUGACCCCAAGGCCUACGUGGAGCAGUGCCUGAGGGGCGGCCUCCAAAGCCCCCAGCGGGCGGCCUGGAAUACGAGCGAUCUGACAGCCCGCCUGUCCUGGGUGAAGUGGGAUUAAGGAAAGGCCUUUGAAGGCGGCGAAACCUGAGGCCUGGAGUGCUGGGCACCAGCUGCUGCAUUCCCAGCCCUGCAAGGGAGAACACGGCACGAACGACCUCGCUCACCGUCCCAGAGCGCUUCCUCUCCCCAUCUCCAGCACCCAGCCCCUUUCUCUGUUGAUUCAUCGCUCUUUAGGCCCUUCAGCUUCUCUUUCUCCCAGUUUCUCACUGCUGAUAGAGCUGCCCUCACUUGGAAAAAGCAAAGCAUUAAAAAACAACCACAGCCCCAACAUUUUCUCUUCCACUGGAUGAGGAUUAUGUCCAAAUCCCACGUCCAGUACGUGAGAAACGAGAUCAUGAGAAAAAAACUAAGCAACACCGGUGGGAAUCCACUGCUUGGCUUAAGAUGUCCAGGGUGGUGAUUGCAAAAGUCACCAGUGAUCCAGAGCACAGAGACCAUGAAAUUCCAGGAGGUGAGACAUGGCUCUGUAGAUACCCAAAAUUUCUCACGUCUUCACAGAAUCCCAGAAAGGUUUGGGUGGGAAGGGACCUUAAAUCUAAUCCAGUCCUACCCCCUGC